AUCAUCUCUGAAAGAUUUUUAAAAACAUGGGCAGCAAUCAGUGUGUGUUCAAUAGCCGAGCCACCAGGACUGAUUAUUAAUAAUAAUUUAUACAUACAGCCACUUAGUGGGACUGAACUGAGGACCUUUAUCUUGAAAUCACCUGAAACACGUCUCCUGCUGACGUCACCAGGUGCUCUCCCGCUAUUGGAGUGUCUUUGAGCAUCAAUAAUGUGUGACAGCGGUGUGUGGCAGUGACGAUGGCCGCAGCCUAUAACAACCGGGACAUCGUGGACGAUUAUCUCCGCUACAAGCUGCUCAACAGCGGCCUGCAGGCCUGGAGCGACCCGUCGGGGCGCUGCCGAACGGGCGCUCAGCGCAGACGCUACGCAGCCGCUUCAGCGUCGACGUCAUCACAGAGAGCUGAGCGAGCGGUGACGUCAUACCGAGAGGUCACUCAGGAAGACACUCAGCAAGGUCCCCGUCUGGCCCCACCUCGGCUGCAGGUCGUACUGCGUUGUGCCGGUGAUGAGCUGCAGCGUCGUUACCAUGGUGACCUGGCAGCCCACGUGUCAGUGCUGUUGUUGGGCAGUGGCAGCAGGGAGGAGCUACAUCGAGGCCUGACGGCGGUCAGGGAGGAACUGUUCAGGGACGGCGUGAACUGGGGACGCAUCGUGGCCAUGAUGGAACUGGGUGGAGCUCUGUGCACCAAGGUGGUCCAGAGGGGAGGGGCAUGGCAGGUGGACAACAUCGCCGGGUGGAUGGAGGAGAGUCUAGACUCAUCGCUGGUCCAGGGAUGGAUAGAGGAAAAUGGAGGAUGGGAUGCAUUCACAGAGUUGUAUGGUGAGUCCAGACCUCCAGCCAGUUUGUGGUCCCUGAGGACAGCGUUUGCACUGGCUGCACUGGGAGCAGCUGGGAUCAUACUGGGAGUCCUGUUCACUCACAGAUGAAAGCCUUGAAGCUGCAGCUCCUCUAAUGUCCACCAGAUGCUGCUGUGAUCAAACUGAGUGUACCGAAGUGAAUGAGAAAACCUCCAACUUCUGUCCACAAAGUCAGGACAGUCUUAGCAGAUUCAUCGAUCUUCUUCAGAGGGAAGGAGGAUUUACAAAAUAAAUGUUCCAUUGAGAUGAUUCACAGUCUGUGCUUGCUUCUCCCUGUCAGGUUACAGUAGAGUCAAACCUGACAACACAUUCAUUGUUGGCUUAGUUAAACUAAAUCUGGACUAAUAAGUAAUUAACAGAUUUUAAUAUAUUAAGCUUUUAAAAGGUCUUCUACAGGGAUUGAGAGGUUUUAAGUGGUAAAUGAUAUAAUUUGCCAAUUUAACCUGAAGUUUCAACUUAACUGAAAAGAAAGAGCUACACAGAUAAAACCUGUCUUGUGGUAAAAGAACCUUUUCAAGGUAUCAGACAUCAGAUGUCUUGUGUUAUUGGGUUAUCUCCGAGUGUCUUUAAAAUCCUUUAAACCGUACAGAAAACCCAUCAGAACCGCUUCAAUGACAAUAUGGUCAUCGUUAAUGGGUAAAUGAAUCAGACCAGGGACGUUCAGGUUAACUGAUGCAGGAUUUUGCCUGAGCUGCAGGACGUCCGUUGUAGAUAAGACGGGACCCAGAACUGAACCUUGGGGGACACCACAAGAGGAGGAGCGAUCUUCAAGCAUAACAGAAAAGGUCCUGUGGACAAAGUACACAUGGACCAGUCCAGAUCCACAUUUGGGAUUGUUUGUAUACUUUGGACAUCAAAUUACUGUUGGAUAAACUACUAUUCCACAUCAGUUAGAAGAAUGUUUUAAAAGUUUGUCACAAAGACUGUUCGUCGUUGUUAUUGUGUACAUUUUUGUGUUUGUCUUCUGGGGAACAUUUCAUUCAUGUCAUUUUGAUUUCUACCUCUUUCACAGACCUUUUAACUUGUGUAUUUCUUUCUUCAUAAACAUUUUGUCACAAACUGAACAUAUUGAUGUUUAUUUUUUAAGCACUUUGAUAUCUUUAUUUUUUUACGUAAAAACUGAACUGAGUGGAAACAAACAAAAGUAACAUUUUUGUUCAAAUUUUUUGAAAUGAAGGUGUCUGUAAAAAUGACUGUCGCUGUAAAAAUCCUACCACUAGGAGUCACCAAAGUUAGAAACAUUAAAAUCCUUCACAUGAGAGAAUUCAUAAAUAAGUGAACGUAUGUUUAAGAUUUACAAGAUGUAAAUAUGACAAUGAAUCUGCACAGCAGCAUUUUGUGCUGAGCCUCCUGGUCAAAGCCCCGAUCACUGAAAUAAAUCAAAGC